GCCCGGCCAAUGAGCGAGGAGGUGCGACCUUGACAGCCGGGCGGCGGGGGGUAGUGACGGGAGCGCGGGCGUCGGGAGCGCGCGGUCCGCCAUGAAGCAAGAGGAGGAUGCCAGCCCAGAGGCUGACUUCUGUUUGGGUUCCGCCCUACAAUCCUGGAGCCUGCAGUUGCCGGAGCAGCACUCACAGUCCACCAUGCUGAUGGGGAUUGUGAUCGGAGCCCUGCUGGCCCUGGCUCUUGUUGGCGUCACUGUCUUUUUUGUGUACAGAAGGGUUAGCCAAGUCCGACAGGUACAGCCCACUCCUCAGUACAGGUUCCGGAAGAGAGACAAAGUGAUGUUUUACGGCCGGAAAAUCAUGAGGAAGGUGACCACGCUGCCCCACACGCUUGUGGGUAGCACGGCAAUGCCCCGGCAGCGGGUGAGGAAGAGGACCAAGGUGCUGUCCUUGGCCAAGAGGAUUCUGCGUUUUAAGAAGGAGUACCCAGCCCUGCAGCCGAAGGAGCCCCCGCCCUCCCUGCUGGAGGCUGACCUCACGGAGUUUGACGUGAAGAACUCGCACCUGCCGUCAGAAGUUCUGUACAUGCUGAAGAACGUGCGGGUCCUGGGCCACUUUGAGAAGCCGCUGUUCCUGGAACUUUGCAAACACAUGGUCUUUGUGCAGUUGCUCGAAGGAGAACAUGUCUUCCAGCCAGGGGAGCCGGAUACCAGCAUCUAUGUGGUGCAGGAUGGGCGCCUGGAGGUCUGCAUCCAGGACGCGGACGGCGCUGAGGUGGCGGUCAAAGAGGUUCUGGCCGGAGACAGCGUCCACAGUCUCCUCAGCAUUCUGGACGUCAUCACCGGCCAUACCGCUCCGUACAAAACCGUGUCCGCCCGCGCUGCUGUCCCUUCCACCGUCCUCCGGCUCCCAGCGGUGGCUUUUCAAGGCGUGUUUGAGAAGUAUCCCGAGACUCUGGUGAGGGUGGUGCAGAUCAUCAUGGUGCGGCUGCAGAGGGUCACCUUUCUGGCUCUGCACAACUACCUGGGCCUGACCACAGAGCUCUUCAACCCAGAGAGCCAGGCCAUCCCCCUGGUGUCUGUGGCCAGUGUGGCUGCCGGGAAGGCCAAGAGGCAGCCGUGCUGCGGCCCUGAGGAUCGUCUGGAGAGGCCCCUGUGGCCCCAGGAGACCUGCGACCCAGCGGAUCGAGGGGGCAGCCGUGCAGCGGCCUCGGGGCCGCCGCUGAAGAGGAGCCGGUCCUUCCCGCUGCCUUCCGUCCACGAAGAGAGCCUGGAUGAGCUCGGCAAGGCCCGGGCGGGAGACCAGAUGCCUCUUGUCCCGCCAGGAACCAGGUUGUUUUCAGUUCUCAUGGACCGUUUCCGCCUGCGUAACACGAGCACAGGAGGCGGAGAUCGUCAACGGGACGUCGCCAUGGCUCACACACAGCUCGCUGGGAACAUAGCAGGGGCUACCUCCGACCUGAGGAUGGCAUGUGACCGUGCCAGGGUCCUCCUCCAGGCGGAGGAAUGCCCUGGGAGCGCCAUGGCCAGCAAGUCCAAGAGGAACGUGACUGUUGCAGACGCUCCCUCUGCAGUCUUCCGCUACUCAGAGACCAACUCCGACGAGACUGUCUGCAGCAGGAAGACAGACGCCAUCUUCAGAGCCGCCAAGAAGGACCUGCUCACCCUGAUGAAGCUGGACGACCCCUCACUCUUGGAUGACCGGGUGUCGCUGCUCCACGUUCCGGGGGGCACGGUGGUGUCGAGGCAGGGAGAUCAGGACGUGAACAUCCUAUUUGUGGUGUCGGGGCUGCUGCACGUGUACCAGCGGAAGAUUGACAGCGAAGAGGACACCUGCCUGUUCGUCGUGCGCCCCGGGGAGAUGGCGGGCCAGCUGGCCGUGCUCACAGGGGAGCCUCUCACCUUCACCAUCAAGGCCAACAGGGACUGCAGCUUCCUCUCCAUCUCCAAGGCUCACUUCUAUGAAAUCAUGCGGAAGCAGCCCACCGUGGUCCUGGGCGUCGCGCACACUGUGGUGAAGCGGGUGUCAUCCUUCGUGCGGCAGAUGGACUUUGCGCUGGACUGGAUGGAGGUGGAAGCCGGGCGCGCGGUAUACAGGCAGGGGGACAAGUCAGACUGCACCUACAUCGUCCUCAGCGGCCGGCUGCGCUCCGUGAUCCGCAAGGACGACGGCAAAAAGCGCCUGGCGGGCGAGUACGGCCGCGGAGACCUCAUCGGUGUGGUGGAGACGCUCACCCACCAGGCCCGGGCGACCACGGUACAUGCUGUUCGGGACUCGGAGCUGGCCAAGCUUCCAGCGGGAGCCCUGACCUCCAUCAAGCGCAGGUACCCACAGGUUGUGACUCGGCUGAUUCACCUCUUGGGUGAGAAGAUUCUGGGCAGCCUCCAGCAGGGAACUGCGACAGGUCACCAGUUUGGGCUACACGCCGCCGGCAGCAAGUGGGACUCCGGGAACCCCGCCAGCAACCUCUCCACGGUGGCUGUCAUGCCUGUGUCAGAGGACGUGCCCCUCACCGCCUUCGCCCUGGAGCUCAAGCACGCCCUCAGCGCCAUCGGCCCCGUCCUGCUGUUGGCCAGUGACAACGUAAAACAGCGCCUUGGCUCUGCUGCCCUGGACAGUAUCCAUGAGUACCGGCUGUCCAGCUGGCUGGGGCAGCAGGAGGACAUCCACCGGAUCGUGCUGUACCAGGCGGACGGCACGCUCACACCGUGGACCCAGCGCUGCAUCCGGCAGGCUGACUGCAUCCUCAUCGUGGGCCUGGGCGAGCAGGAGCCCUCGGUGGGCGAGCUGGAGCGGAUGCUGGAGAGCACGGCCGUGCGUGCCCAGAAGCAGCUGAUCCUGCUGCACCGGGAGGACGGGCCGGCACCCUCGCGCACCGUCGAGUGGCUGAACAUGCGUAGCUGGUGCUCCGGCCACCUGCACCUCUGCUGCCCUCGCCGCGUCUUCUCCAGGAGAAGCCUGCCCAAGCUGGUGGAAAUGUACCAGCGAGUCUUCCAGAGGCCCCCAGACCGGCACUCGGACUUCUCCCGCCUGGCUCGGGUGCUGACCGGCAACGCCAUUGCCUUGGUGCUUGGGGGAGGGGGGGCAAGAGGCUGUGCCCAGGUCGGCAUCAUCCGGGCCCUGACGGAGUGCGGCAUCCCCGUGGACAUGGUUGGAGGGACGUCCAUCGGGGCCUUCAUGGGCGCCCUAUACGCUGAGGAGCGGAACUACAGCCAGAUACGGAUCCGGGCCAAGCAGUGGGCUGAGGACAUGACGUCGGUGGUGAAGACUGUGUUGGACCUGACCUACCCGAUCACAUCUAUGUUCUCGGGCGCCGGCUUUAACAGCAGCAUCUGUAGCGUCUUCAAGGACCGGCAGAUCGAGGACCUAUGGAUCCCCUACUUCACCAUCACCACGGACAUCACGGCCUCUGCCAUGAGAGUCCACACGGACGGCUCCCUGUGGAGGUACGUGCGCGCCAGCAUGUCUCUGUCAGGCUACAUGCCUCCCCUCUGUGACCCCAGAGACGGACACCUGCUGAUGGACGGGGGCUACAUCAACAACCUCCCAGCGGAUGUGGCCAGGUCUAUGGGGGCGAAGGUGGUGAUUGCCAUCGACGUGGGCAGCCAGGACGAGACGGACCUCACCAACUACGGCGACGCGCUGUCUGGGUGGUGGCUGCUGUGGAAACGCUGGAACCCCUUGGCCACGAAAGUCAAGGUGUUGAACAUGGCGGAGAUCCAGACGCGCCUGGCCUACGUGUGCUGCGUCCGGCAGCUGGAGAUGGUGAAGAACAGCGAGUACUGUGAGUACCUGCGCCCCCCCAUCGACGGCUACGGCACUCUGGACUUCGGCAAGUUCGACGAGAUCUGUGAAGUGGGGUACCAGCAUGGCCGGACAGUCUUUGACAUCUGGGGUCGGAGUGGCGUGCUGGAGAAGAUGCUGCAGGACCGACAGGGGCCCAGAAAGAUGAAGGCCUGUGACGUCCUCACCUGCCCCAACGCCUCCUUCACUGACCUCGCCGAGAUUGUAUCUCGCAUUGAGCCGGCCAAGGCAGCCACAGUGGAUGACGAGUCUGACUACCAGACGGAGUAUGAGGAGGAGCUGCCGGACGGCCCCAAGGAUGCGUAUGCGGACUUCCAGAGCGCCCCGGCCCGUGCAGGCUCGGACUCGGACGACGAGUCCUCCCUCCAGCAUUGAAACCCCCAUCUGGCUUCCCAGAACUGCCCCGGGGCUGCUGCUACCCGUGGCACUCAGACCGCGAUGGACAGAGGUCUCCCCUCCCGUGCGCCCUAGAGCAGCUCCCGUGGAGGGCCUCUCCCCCAGCCUGCCAGCGAGACCGGGCGGGGAGCCCCCUAGUCAGCCUCCCCUGGGCUGGAGGUCCAGCUGCGUGGUGGACCUGGGACUGGGGCACUGGGUUUGGACAGCAGUUCCUGGGCUGUGCCCGCCACUGUGGGCGGUGCCUCGGACAGGUAUUGGAGUCCCCUGUGCACCUGCUUAAUGUAUCAAUAAAGAUGGAUCCGACUGUGUGUGGA